ACCUGAGCCUUCAGCUCUUCCAUUUAUAGCAUAUCUUUGUGCCUUCUUCAUGCGCUCCAAGGCUACAUGAUUGUUUUCCUCUUUGCUGAAGUGCAUCGGCCAGACCAUACGUGUUUCAGCUCUACACUGCAGCUGCAAUCCCGCAUAUACUAAAAGGUGCGAUUAGAGCACGUCGGGUUCAUUGAGGUCUCCCCUCAUUACGAGAAUUGCAGCCCAACAUGUCAAUCGACACAACCGGUGGCGCAACCCCGAACGAUACAGCUCCAGGUAGCGAGAAGAAAAAUAACGAUGCAUUUACCAAUGGACCGUUCUCAUGGACAGUGCCUUUGGAAAUCUCCAGCGACUCAGCAACGUACCUCGACCGCUCCCAAGCCAAUGAUGAUCAGGAGCUCUACAUACCCCGCGAAGUCAUCGCAGAAGUUGUAGGCGGUUCUCGCCUUGUAGCGGAGCUCAAGAGACCAAUUAAAAUUGGCACAUUCAACGAGCUCCCGUCAUACCUCCUCCAGACCCAUUUUUCUUUUCAGAAAGCAUCGACCAAUUGGCUCUAUCGUAUUCAAACUGCUGAGAUAACGAUUGUAUUCGAAGACGCGCCAGCGCAGGAACCUGCUGUGAAAGUACCAAAGAACAAGCAACAGCAUCCAGCGAUUGCAGCAUGGUAUCCUGAGCUGUUUGAGGGCGAGGUCUCCCAUGCCUUGAUCACUGAAUCUGUGAAUGCCGGUCUAGAAGCAGGCUAUCUGGGAGCUGGAGCUUCAGUAGGAGCAGAGAAGAGCAGGACCUAUCUGGAGAAAGGACGGGUCGUUGUCCAUGGUGUACGAGGUGGUGGCCGACACCGUAACAGCGUCACAUGGGUGAUCGAGCAAGAUAGUGUUGAAAAAGGUGGAAUUCCAAGAGACAUCAAGCUUCCGCUCAUAGUGACGAGGCAAAACAACAACCGAUUCUCAGCACGUGUUACUGUCAAGGCGCAUUAUGGCUUUCGUCGAGGACCUCUAGCGCGGAGCGUGCCUGUCGUUGGAAAGAAUGAGGAACCGCUCUAUUUUGACCCUGCGACACUUGACGAUAUGAUAGAAAACGGGAGUAGGGGACCCGACGACGAGAAACGUGCCAAGGGCUUCAUAUCCCGGGAUACCGUAUCAGGCCUCUCGUUCUUACAUGAUUACGGUAUUGUCGGUACCCGCAGCCAGAUCAAGGGGUUAUAUGAGAGUUUGUGCAACUUCGGACGUGAUGAAGGCACCGUGGCGGCGGAGAGGCGUCAACGACCCUACGUCAAGCUUUACCUUCCGAGCACCUGA